CGGGAAUAGGCCGCGGUUGACAUGUGCGUGCGCCCAUCAGUCAUCGCCCAUCCACUCCACCAACUGCACUGCCAGCACCGUCUGCACCUCUCCCUCCCCUCCUCCACCCCUCCAAGCACGUGCGCUGCGACUUGCAUGCGCGUGUCUGCCCGACCGGCCUUGCCUGCGACUGCAUGUACGCUCCCGCCGCCGUCCACCCGCGGGACGCCGAGUCUCGCAAUGCUGCGCGCGAGCGUGGGGUCGUCAAUAUGCACGACAUCUUCCCACACGGCCACGCCCGCGCUGCUUUGAACAUCGCCACCACCCUCCCGCCCUCCUCCUCCCCUCCCGGGCCCUCCUCCGCCUUCGACACCGCUUCCGGCGCCUCCUCGGCCAUCCAGUCGCUGACGUCCGCCAGCACGCUCAGCAAUCUCGACGGCAGGCUGGAUCUGUCUCCCCACGACUCCGCCACCUCCCAGGGCCUCUUGCGCACAUCCGUCUUCGACGAAUGGAAGAAUGAUGCGGGCGAUCUCGAGGCCGAGAAUCCGGAGGAGAUGCAGAAAAACGACCCGCUUGGCACGCAGAUCUGGAAGCUGUACCACAAGCAGAAAAACCAGCUGCCCAAUCGCGAGCGUAUGGAGAAUCUGACAUGGCGCUUGAUGUCGAUGAACCUGCGGCGGAAAGAGCUGGAGAGGCAGGGCCUCCUGAACCUCCCGCCCUCUCGAAACGCGCCGAGUGGAAUCGCACAGCUACGAAAGUCUUCGGAGCAAGCCAACGCACAACACGACGACGGUCAGAUGAAUCUGGACGACUUUCUCGUCCCUUCCUCCAUCGCCUCUCCCGCCGGCAUCUCUCCGGCCCCAUCGAGCGGUGUGACCGAUGGAACUUCUCCAGCCAGUGCCGGGCGUUCAGCGAUCCCGAUUAAAGCGCAGCAACGGACGGCGAUGGACGACUUACACAUCUCACGAGCCUCCGCACCGUCUAGAGACUACGAUCGAAGCACGCAAGAGUUCGGAUAUGUCCCGCGGCACGUGCGCAAGACUAGUAUUGACGAACGGAGGCCUCCUAAGCGGCGAGCCGAUGCUUCGCCGCUGGUCCCGCCCGUCACCGGCGUCUCACAUAAUGUGGCCGAUGAAGCUGCUCUCAACAGCUACUCCCUCGACCCCACCAUGACCACUCUCACCACGUUCGCCCCUCAAGCCCAGCAUUCCUCGAUCCCCUUCAACUUGGACACCUUUAACCUCGAAAACGACCCCAUCUUGAACUCCGCCGGGUCCGUGCCCCAGCAAUUCACCUUUACGCCCGUGGGCUCCCCGCUGUUAAAUGAUGCUUCCUUCACCAACUUGUACACCCCUCAUGGAUCCAUGGGCCCUCCACGACACGCCAGCAAUCUCCAUUCUCCCAUCGCAUCGUCAUACCCGUCCACAGUAUCCACCCCGCAGCCCCUUCCCGACGAUCAGCUCAACCUCUUCUCAUCCUCACAAUCGCUCAAUUUCGGCCGGCUCCCAUACUCGCACUCUACCGGGCUCUCGCAGAGUGCAUCCCAGCAACAAUUCAUGUUCAGCUCACAACCCGAUCAGCUGUUUGGCGGCAUUUCUGCCGCCGACCCUUCACAUUCGUUCUCCUCCUCGUCCGCUUUUCAAAUACCCGGUACCCUCGACCCAUCGCAAAUCAUUCCGCAAGACUUCGCCCCGAUGAGCCUGCCCACUACCCGGCCCGACCACAUGUUCACGUUUGGAGCCGACGAGGAUGAAGAUGACGACGACUCUAUGCAAUUUCAAGAUCCGGGCAUGCAUAUGCAAAGCUACUCCUCCUUGGACGAGCAGACCAUGGACAUGUACCACGGCUACAACUGGGACAGAGCGAGUCAAUACAGCUCGACUUCCGGCCGCUAUCCCAAUUCUGCAAGGAAGGGUGUCACGAUUGGGCAUACCGAGAUGAUCCCGCAGACGCAGCAGUGGGAGCAAGGCGGCCUGAACAGAGGCCAUGGCUCUGCGGCGUCGGUCAGUGAAAUGCGGAAUCGCAUGGCCGACCCGCGAACACGAAAGCUCCCGCGUGCAACGUCCACGCCGAACACCGCGGCCAUGGCUACCGGGAUGUACACCUUCCAAACGCAGUCCUCCCCGUCUUCCCCUCCCGAGUCUGGUCUAUCGUCCGCAAUGCCAUCUCGACCCGGAAGUCCAAGACCGGGUGGUGACAAUGGUGGCGCACCGCCCACCUGUACCAACUGCUAUACCCAAACAACGCCUCUAUGGCGACGCAAUCCCGAAGGACAGCCGCUGUGCAACGCGUGCGGCUUGUUCCUCAAGCUCCAUGGUGUUGUCCGGCCGCUCAGCUUGAAAACAGACGUCAUCAAGAAGCGCAAUCGUGGCAGCGGCGCCACCGCUCCCGUCGGCACCUCGCGAUCCAAGAAGGCGGCAAGUCGGAAGAACUCGGUCGCUCAAGCAUCGACCAGCGCCGCGGCAAGAUCCGGUAACGCAGACCCCGAGACCCCAGGCUCUGGCGGUGCAGGCACGAGCACGCCCACAGCCUCUACGAACAACGACAAACCCGUCAAACAAGUGAUUGCCAUUGCUCCCGGGCCUCCCAAGCCAGCUCCAGCCCAAUCCUCCGCGCCUCUCGCGCCAACGUCUACUCGCCCAGUUGCGCCGCGCCGCGCCCGCCGCCAGAGCAGAGCAAGCAUCGCAGCAUCAAACCCCGCCGACACGGAAAUGCCCGAUGCCGACGCGGUGGGCGCCAAAAGGCCUGCAGGGAUCGGGAACGCGGCGAUGUCAACUACGCCGCGCUCCGCGACACUGUCCGCUUCGAAUCCGAUCUCCUCGCAGCCGAAUCUGGUGUCGAUGCAGGCUCCCAUGGGCCCGCAAGGUGGCGGUGCCAGGGGAGGGCCGAACGGCAACGACAAGGCCGAGGGCUUGCCUCCUGGUAUUUCGCCGGAGAUGAUGUCGGGGCCGCAGGAGUGGGAGUGGUUGACGAUGAGCUUGUGAAGCAACGAUGCUCACGAUCAGGUUGGCAUCUGGGGCCAGCUUUCGACCUUUUCUCUUGCUCACACGCGAUCCUUCUUUCGACACAAUAUACCUUCUUGGACGAAUUUCUUCGGACACACCAACCGUACACGACGAGACAUAGAGCUUCGAUCUUUUCCGCGUUUCGUUCUUUUUGUUUCUGAUUUUCGGCAAUGAUACCUUUUUCGUGCUUUCAGAUUACCCCGAUAGAUUGGAAGAUUUGCAAUUUUACCUGCUUGGGUUUGGGAUAGUAUUAGUUAGGGUAUGCUUGGGACGCGCGAUGUCAAUGGCCGAGCAGACGGUUGCAGUUGAUAUGUAUUGACGGAGAGCUGGACUCGCGGUGGUGCGUUUGUUACGAGCGUGCUUCUUGUUAUGAAGAGAUGAACAAUACACACAAUGCGUUCCGAUCG